CUUUUUCUGUGGUUGUGACGUGACGUGAGUGCAGGACGGACACGACGACGACUUGCUCGUAUUAAUUUUCGGCUGCAAGAGCUAUCCUGUGCGUUGAUCACAUUUCACAUGAUAGAUAUCACAAAAUACACCAUAACAGAUCACUAUAUCCCAGGCAUUGUGACUUAAUAUAACAUACUAACAAUAUGGGGAAGGCUAAAAAGGGGAAGAAGAACCCGACUGCGGACGAGGGCGAUAGUGAUGUAGAGACCACUAACAUUGAUAAUAUUAAGCCGGCGCAGAAGGGAAAGAAGAUAACUGUUGAGUCAGAUAGUGAGGAAGAAAAGCCAAAAGCCAAGGCCAAACACAAGAAGUCUGUGGAUGAUGAUGUCAAAGAAGUCACAAAGAAUAUUAAAAAUGUCUCAAUUUCAAAUAAAUCUAAAAAGAAGAAGGAUGUCAGCAGUGAUGAUGAUGAAUCAGAGGAAGAGGAGCCAAAGCCAAAGAAAAAUGUUAAGAAGAAGGAAGAAAAGAAGAGUGCCUUCUCCCUUUUAGAAAUAGAAGACGGUGAUGAUUCUCCUCCUGAAGCUCCACCCUCAUCGGAGGAUGAGAGACCUGCUCCAAAAGAACAGAAAAAACCAGCGCAAGAGAAGAAAGAGCCUGCUGGUAAAAAGGGAAAGAAAGCCAAACGAAAGAAGGAUGAAAGUGAUGAUGAAUUAGAAAAGGUACUGGCAGAGUUGGAGAUGGAGUAUGCUGGAGUGAAAAAGGAACCCACUCCUGCUCCUGAACCAGCAAAAACUGAGGAGGUAGCAGAAGAAAAACCUAAAGCAAAGAAGAAGGGUAAAAAAGAAGAGCCCAAAGCUGAAGUAGAAAAAGAGGAAGAAAAGGAAGGGAGUGAUAAUGAAAACGACGUCACAAUAAAAACUGCCGCCCAAAAGAAAAAGGAGAAAAAAGAACGUGAAAAGCAAAAGAAGCUAGAAGCUAAGAAGAAAGAAAAAGAACAAGAUACUAAAAAGGAAUCCAAUGAUGUUAAAGCUCCAGCUCCUGUUAAGGAAGAACCUAAGCCUAAAGCAGAAGAGCCACCCCAAGAAGAAGCCAAGGCUCCUUCUGAAGAAAAAGAUGGUGAAGGCGAACCACCUAUAGAAGGCAAAAAGAAAAAGAAGAAAGGCGAAAAGGCAGAGAAAGAAGAUAAGGCCAAGAAAGGUCCAACUAAAAAGACCAUUGCUGCUAUGCAAGAAGCCUUGAAGAAGGUCCAAGAAGAGGAAGAACGAUUAAAACGUGAAGAAGAGGAGAGGAUAAAACAAGAAGAGGAACGUGAACAGCAAAGACUGGAAGCAAUUAGGUUAGAAAAGGAACGCAAGGAGAGGAAAAAGCAGAAGGAGAAGGAGAGAAAAGAAAGACUAAAGGCUGAGGGGAAACUGUUGACCCCCAAGCAGAAAGCUGAAAAGGCGAGGGCUCAAGCAUUGUUAGAUUCUCUUAAAGCUCAAGGUAUAGAGAUAGGCUCAGCAGAGAAGAAGCCACCAAGGCCAGGAACAAGGGUGAAGCCAGGCAGGCUGAAGAGUCAGGUGUCUCAGGAAACUCCUUCUACACCCUCUGAAGAGAAGAAGAUUGAGCUGAAGACAGAUAAGGAUAAGAAGGAGGACUCACCCAAAGUCGAGGAGAAGAAGGAAUCUGAUUCAGAAUCAGUGAAGGACGCUUGGGACGCCGAGUCUUCUGAGGAAGAAACUGAACCUCCACCAAAGGAGGAGCCACCACAAACUCCCGUUAAAGAGGAGAAGAAACCUGCCGUCCAAGAGAAGUCUAAAGAGAAGGUUGACGAUGACGACGAAGGUAGUUCAGAGGAAGAAGACGAGAGCUCCGAAGAGGAGACCAGCUCUGAGGAGGAGUCGGAUGAGGAUGAGGGCCUGACUGACGCCCAGAAGAAGAGGGAACUUGUCUUGAAGAGAUUAGAGAAACGCCGUCAAGACAACGAGGCGAAUAAAACGGGUAACCCUCUGCGCGCCGCUGUGGUCUGUGUGUUGGGUCACGUCGACACCGGCAAGACCAAGAUCCUGGAUAAGCUGCGUCGUACAAACGUGCAAGAUGGCGAGGCUGGCGGUAUCACACAACAGAUCGGAGCCACUAAUGUGCCAAUUGAAAAUAUUAAGGAGCAGACUAAACAUGUUAAGGGGGUGAACGAGAUUGCUUUCAAGCUGCCUGGUCUGCUCAUCAUCGACACACCCGGCCACGAGUCCUUCAGUAAUCUAAGGAAUAGAGGGUCCUCGCUCUGUGACAUUGCUAUUCUUGUGGUAGACAUUAUGCACGGUCUCGAGCCGCAGACGAUAGAGUCGAUAAACUUGCUGAAACAGAAGAAGACGCCGUUCCUGGUCGCGCUGAACAAGAUCGAUCGUCUGUACGACUGGCAGAGCGCGCAGCGUAAGGACGUCAGGGAUAUACUGAAGAUGCAACAGCCCAACACGCAACUCGAGUUCGAGAAGAGAUGCAAGGGAGUGAUCCUUGAUUUCGCUGAACAGGGUCUGAACGCCGCUCUAUUCUACGAGAACCCCGACCCGCGUACAUAUGUGUCGCUGGUCCCCACGUCUGCCGUAACGGGUGAGGGUAUGGGCAACCUGCUGGCCAUGAUAGUGCAGGCCUGCGAGGGACCGCUGCAUAAGAGACUCAUAUUCUCGCAGCAACUGCUCGCCACUGUACUUGAGGUGAAGGCCAUCCCUGGUCUGGGCACGACCAUCGACACGAUCCUGAUCAACGGCACGCUGCACGAGGGCGACACCAUGGUGCUGGCGGGCACGGACGGACCCAUCGUCACGCAGAUACGGUCCCUGCUCAUGCCGCAACCCAUGAAGGAGCUCAGGGUCAAGAACGCAUACAUCGAGCACAAAGAAGUUGUUGGCGCUCAGGGUGUGAAGAUAGCAGCUAAAGAACUGGAGAAAGCCAUCGCCGGGCUGAACCUACAGAUCGCACAGAAACCGGAUGAAGUUGAUGUUUUGAAAGAGGAGGUGUCCCGCGAGCUGAAGUCCGCGCUGUCGUCCAUCAAGCUGUCGGAGCGCGGCGUGUACGUGCAGGCCUCCACGCUGGGCUCGCUCGAGGCGCUGCUCGAGUUCCUCAGGACCAGCAAGAUACCCUACUCUGCGAUCAGGAUAGGCCCGGUUGUGAAGCGUGACGUCAUGAAGGCGUCCGCCAUGUUGGAACACGACUCCCAGUUCGCUACAAUUUUGGCGUUCGAUGUUAAGAUUGAACGCGACGCACAAGAGAUGGCAGACCAGCUGGGCGUCAAGAUAUUCGCGGCCGACAUCAUCUACCACCUGUUCGACAAGUUCACCGCCUACCGCGAGGAGCUUAAACAGAGGAAGCGAGAGGAAUUCAAACAUAUCGCCGUCUUCCCCUGUAAACUCAAGAUCAUGCCACAAUUCGUAUUCAACUCUCGAGACCCCAUCGUCGCUGGUGUCAUGGUAGAAGCUGGCAUCUUGAAGGAGGGCACCCCUAUCUGCGUGCCUAGUCAAGAAUUCGUAGAGCUGGGCAUAGUGACAUCUAUCGAGGUGAAUCACAAGCAAGUGGAGACGGCGCGCAAGGGCCAGGAGGUCUGCGUCAAGAUCGAGCCCAUACCCGGCGAGUCGCCCAAGAUGUUCGGCAGACAUUUCGAUGAGACUGAUAUGCUAGUCAGCAAGAUAUCGCGCGCCAGUAUCGACGCAUGUAAGGAUUACUUCCGUGACGACCUCAUCAAGACCGACUGGCAGCUGAUGGUCGAACUGAAGAAACUCUUCCAGAUAUUGUAAACCCACCGGCCGUGAGCUGGCCCCGGCCUUCGCGGUGAAGCUCUCCAUAAAUAUAAAUAACGAUAACGACGUAGAUACAUUUCGUCAAAGCUUUGUCUGUUCCAUCUACCCGUACCCCGUAGUUCCCUCUCCGUUGUAUCAUAGAAUCUCACCAAAGUUUGCUGGUUAGCCAUUUUUGUAUUGUACGUGAAUUUAUCCGAACCUAUGCUCAUGAUUUGACGGGAAACCUCGAAUGUCAAUGUCACAGCUAGGCCUUGUAUUUUAUCUUAUCUGAUGUUUUACCUACAGCAACGUCUUGUAACUACCGAUGUAUCAUGAAUGGCAAAUUGUCGAAUAUCUCACAAUUCGAGACGCAUUGUAAAUAGUACUAUACAUGUUUAUUUAUUUAUUAUUAUCAAGUCACGUGUCAUUUAGGAUUUGAUUGGACGGAAUGGAUUUUUAGACACUGGAUGUCAAAUUUUAUAUAUAUUUGCCAGAAUAUGUCUUCGGUUUCUAAAUAAACUUGUGUAGAAGAAUGAUCCUUUGUAAAUAAAAUGUUCACGAUUAACUAUUUACAAUAAAAUUUUGUAGUUUUAUGUAAAUAAAAUAUUAUGAGAAAUCUUUGCAUGUCUUAAUUAUAACGUCAAGUAGUGCAAUAAACGAUCUCGAUGUGUCUUCAGGAAGCAAUACCUUCGAACGGUGCUUCUUAAUGUAGAUAAAAUAUUAUGCUCGAUGUCUUAUAACAAACUACAAUGCGUGUUUACUCCGGUAGGGGGCACUGUCUACUCGUAUCUUAGAAAGGAGGUCGUCUAUUGUAUGAAAAUAGUAUAUUUUCGUUGAAAUUGAAUGCGGUUUGGAAUAUUUUCCUCGUAUGUAAUACAUACAGGGAUUGAGUACUGAAGAGAUGGUAAUCGGAAUAGGAGUCCAUGGAACAUGUAUUUUAUACGUAGGUAUUUUCCCUUUUUGAAACGCUUUGUAUUAUAUAGAUGGAAUCUGACAUAUUCUUAUAUUGAAGAACUUUUAUUAAAUUACAAAGUAAUA